AGGGGCUAAAGGCGGAAGCGCUGUGUGUUUCUGUUUCUGAACGGGAGCGUGCGGCCCUGGUGCUGUCAGCUCUUUGGAGUUCAUAACUACUGAUCAAAUUUACAUAAACUAGUUCGCUAAACAAUAGCGGGCUUGUUUCACCAGGAAUGGGAGCCAACAACAGCACGCGACGCGUGUCUUUUGAGUCGGAUGAGAAUGAGAACAUAACGAUAGUGAAGGGCAUAAGGCUCUCAGAGAAGGUCAUCGACCGCAUGAGGGAACCCUCAGGCCCACCACGGCCCCCCACCAGAGCCCCUCCUGCUUCUCCUCCCGUGGUUGAUCCUCUGCCAGCACUGGUGCCAAUAUCUCCUCCACCUGCCCCUGUCACUUCCCUUCCACCUUCUUCCUUGCCAGAGCGAGUCAAACUCCCUGAGCAAGUGACCACUACUGCACCUCCUCCACCACUAGCAGAGCCGGUCAUUCUCCCCUCACCUCCUCCUGUAGCGACAGCAGCAGCUGAAUCAGUGGGUGCUGUAUCAGCCCCUGCAGAAAUAACCACCCCCUCCCCUCCAGCUGAACUUGUCGCUCCUGUCGCUUCCGCUGCUGAAACUAUCCCACAGCCUCCUCCGUCUGUAGAAAAACCCGUGGCUUCUUCACCAGCACCUCCUGCCGCCGUGCAUGAGUCUGAACUGCAAAGAAAGAUCGCUGAAGAGCUGCAGAAAAGCCUAGAGGAAGAGAGGAGAAAGGCACGGGAGGAGCUCAACCAACGGCUUGAAAAGGAAAAGUCCCAGGUUCAUGUUCAGGCCCAGGCAGAAGCUCAAGCCCAGGUAAAGGACGAGGUGAGCAGGAUCCUUGCAUUAGAGAAAGAGCAGAGCUUCCAAAAAGCCAUACUGAGAGAAAGGAUCACCGCCGAGGAUGAAAGACUGCAAGCUCAGAUAUAUCAGAUGGAGAGAAAGGCUAGACAGUUAGAGGAGAGAGACAAAGAGCUCCGGAAGCAGGACGCCUUCUACAGAGAACAAGUGGCCAAGCUAAAGGAAAGGAGUGCCCAGUUCUACAAGGUUACAAAUGAAAACUAUCACAAGGCAGCAGACGAGGUCAACGCCAAGUUUAAGCGAUAUGAAAUUAGUCCAGUGUGCACCGACCUUCAGGGCCAGAUUCUGAAGUGCUACAGAGAAAAUGCUGGAAAAACUCUGCUGUGCUCCAACAUCGCCUCUCUAUACAUGCAGUGUGUCAACAGUGCAAAACAGGACAAGUUGAGGACUGGAGGUUAAGUCUCUGGGCAGGAAGAGACCUGUUUGUAUCUGUGAUCUCAUGUUAAUCGACUGUUGCCAAGGAAAGACGCCACCCAGAGACACACCUGAGCAGACCUGAAGCAGAAUCUGCAGUGAAUUGAGAGCUAGAUACCCUUGAACCUUGCCCCAUCACUUUUACCUUUCUACCUCCUUUCCUGUUAUUUCACCUUUAUCCAGUAAAGGGGAAACUGGUAUCCGUUUCUCAAAUAGACAGAAUCAGUAAGCAGCGGUGAUCAUACAGUAGGUGGAACUCAAAGGUUCUGAGCACCUGAAUCAGAAAAUGCACCUUUUUUUGGUUUGCAAAGGAUAGCACACAGUGAAGAGAACCGAACUAGACACCAAAUAUUGGCCACACUAGGCCAAUCUAGACCCAACCACAACAGAAUCCCAGAACUCUGAGUUGGUUCUAGAUUUGGUCGGUCUGGUUGCGUAGCGUCAUUUAUCCAGUCAUCAUACCCGUGAUCCACCCUGCUAGCCCACCACAAUCACACUUCCCAUUGCACUAGUAACAUCCUCCAGCUGUUCGUUGUGUUUUUGCGUGUGAUGUUCAUUACUGUUUUUUGUCUCGUCGUUCACACAAAAAGGUCAGGCCUGAUCACCUGAUCUGCUUUAAAGAAUAAACAAUUAAACCCUAA